UUGCCUUAUUUGUUUGGAAUUUUUGAUUGGUUUUUGUUUAGAUUUUUCCUUAUUUUUCGGGUUCCUCUUUUGAUUUCGUGUCGAAUAUGCUCGCGGUCGUACUCUACUCCCCGCGAAUCGAAGAGCUUUUGGAGAGGAUACGCUCUCGAAUCUAUGAAAAUUUUGUUUUAUUUGUAGUAUCGAUUAUCAUUGUUUUUUUGCUAAUUUUCUUUUAACUAAUUGGGAUUUUUGUGGAAAGAUCAAAUCUUUAUGCUUUGCAGUGGUUUAAUUCUGCUUCGAAGCUCGCCAGUAGGUGCUAAGUGGCUUAAAAAAGGAUUUAAUUUUUAAAUUUUUGGAUACUCUGUUGUUUUUCUUGUUCAAUUGAAGAAGUAAAUGACCAUUUUCUUGUUCUUUUGAUGUUCAAUGGGAGAAUUUCGAUGUAUACAAUAAGUGGGCUCAUAUUUUAUUAGAUAUACCUCCCGUCUAUAUAAAUUGGCUUGAAUUAGUUUUCAUUUUUUAAUUUAAUUUUUAGUUUCCCCAUUAAAUCUUUUAAAAUCCCAGUUUUAUGUACAAAAUGGAUAUUGCAAAGUUCUAUUGGAAACAGUUUCUGUGGAGUUGUAAGAACCUUAAAGCUAAAUAAAUCUUAGCUUGUUGUAUUCAUAUGGGGAUUAAAGUAACUGUAUGAGUGCCUUAACAGGAAUCUGUUAUUUAAGUGUAUGUAAUCUGUAUCAAGUGCUAGAUACUUUAGUUGUACAUAAAAUUCUUGUAGACAUUACAUAACACAUCUCUCCUCUUCGAGAGAUGAGAUUAGAUUACCAAGACAAUUGUGCUUAUGAUAUGUUCAAAAGACUUUACCUUGAAGAGGCACAAUGGUUUCACCCUAAGCAUGUCCAAUCUAUACAUAUUGCUUGCUCUUUUCAUAUGAAUCUAAACUUUUUGGCUUAUUGCUGUUGUCGUUCUCAUCUCAUGCCCUUUUCUGACAGAUUAAGUGGGUAGAUUUGUUAUAAAUUUCCUUUCAGAUGACAAAAAAAAGGAAAAGAAAACUUUGUCUACCAAAGCAGUAGGGAUUCAUUCCCUCAUUUCUUAUAUUAUUAGCAGGGCUAAAGGCAAGAUGGAUAAGAAUGCGAGCUCCGACAGUCUUGGAUGGGGUGCUUCAUUUUUCAUGCAAGCCACUGAAGAUGCCACAAGAGCAUUUUUCGCUGCCACUUCAGCUGCAACUGUUCAAUCGCCACGACCAUCUGUAGUCUACUCAUUGAGAGAUGACACUAGUAAUAGCAACCUUCAGAAACUGCGCAACCAAGUCACAAAGAUGAUUAAGGGUUACUCUCCUCCACCCGAAGUGAAGGGAACUUACAAUCCUGAGGUACUUACUCGCCAGAAGCGUCAGUGGGCAAGGUUCCAUCUAAAGUCAACGGAUUGUAAGUCUGUGAAGGAACCAUCAAGAAUUUUUGAGAGCAUGGUUAUCGUUGGACUUCAUCCUAAUACAGAUGUCCGAGAUCUUGAAAAGCUUGUCACUGGGAGAGAGGAUGAUGACAUGAAGAAACCAAGAAACAUACUCGGUAACCAUCAACAAGUUCAUGCCGCACCAAGUCUCGAACCUCAGGUUCUAUUUGCAUAUCCUCCAGAAAAACGCCUUCCACUUAAAUAUAAGGAUCUCCUCUCUUUCUGCUUUCCUGCAGGCAUUCAGGUUCAUGCAGUGGAAAGAACCCCUUCAUUAAGUGAGUUGAACGAAAUACUUCUAGGGCAGGAGCAGUUUAAGGAAAGCAGCCAGUCUUUUGUAUUCCGUCUACAGGUGCCUGAUGAUUCAACCCUAUAUGGAUGCUGCGUAUUAGUUGAAGAAAUUGUACAGAAACCUUCCAACUUGGUUUCCAUGCUUUUGGGAGAGAAGCCCUCCUUUUCAUCCUUGAGCCGUUACAUAGUAACUACACCACGGUGCUAUUGUCUACUCUCGAAGCUUCCAUUCUUUGAUUUACAUUUUGGUGUACUCAGGAGUAUAUUCAUUGAGGAAAGGUUGGAAUUGCUAACAAAAGGCGUUGACAUGCUAAAUUUGCUGUCUUCAAAAGAAACCAAUGAGGAUGAUGGUACUGAUAAACUAACUGAUAGUCCAAAAGAGGAGCAAUACUUUGCUGAUGAUGCAGUAGACCAGACCAACUCUGCUGAAUUGAGUAUCGAAGAAUCUUCACCUAAAAGAAUUUUAGAUAAUAGAAGUUUGGUGGAAGACCAACCACUUGAAUGGGAACUAGAUUCCAAGAAAGUCAUUGAGAAUGAAAAUAAUAAUGAAAUUAAUCAAGGAGGAGAGGAUGUAACUGGAAGUGAAACUGGGGUCGUUGCUCCAGGUGAUUGUGAUAAUUUUGUUGAAGAAAAUUCAGGUGACAACCAAUCUGAUGUUCGAAUAACUGAUGAUGUUUUGCCUCUUCUGCGCUGCCAUGUGUACGAGAGCUCUGAUUCUUCUGCAAGUUUCCAGGGUUCCCCCUGUGAAGACAGAAACUUCAGGAGUGAUAUUCAUGAUACCGACCAUGAAGAGCCAUCUUCCAUUGGUCAUGAAGAUUCAGAUGCUCACAACAACAUCUUGGAAUGGGCCAAGGCAAAUAAUCAUGGGUCUUUACAAGUGAUUUGCGAGUAUUACCGGUUAAAAUGCCCUCGCAGAGGUUCAUCACUUGCCUUCCAGCCCUUAGAGCACUUGCAUCCUUUGGAGUUUAAUAGGCCUGGCGAGACAACUCUUUCUAUUGCUGGUUCUCAGAUUGAUGUUAGGUCUUGCAGUACAAGCUUCGAGGUGGCUGAGGUAAAUAAUGCUCUUCUAGCCGAGGAGGAAUCAACUGCUUUAUCUGUAUGGACCAUUGCAUGCUUAUGUGGGUGCUUGAGGCUUGAGAAUGUAUUGACUUUGUUUGCUGCAGCACUAUUAGAGAAACAAAUUGUUGUCAUUUGCUCUAAUAUGGGAAUAUUAUCUGCUUCAGUUUUGUCAGUAAUACCAUUAAUACGACCAUAUCAGUGGCAGAGCCUACUUAUGCCAGUUUUGCCAGAUGACAUGCUGGAGUUUCUGGAUGCACCUGUUCCAUACAUAGUUGGCGUUAAGAACAAGACAGCUGAUGUACAGUCAAAGUUGGCAAAUGUUGUACUUGUAGAUGCUAACAAGAAUCAGGUCAAGCCAUCCUCAAUGCCACAGUUGCCCCGACAAAGGGAGUUGCUCUCAUCUUUACGUCCAUAUCAUGCUAAGCUUGUGGGUGAAAGUUAUCUAGCAAGAAAACGGCCGGUUUAUGAAUGCACAGAUGUCCAGGCUGAAGCUGCUAAAGGUUUCUUGUCAGUUCUCAGAUCAUACCUUGAUUCUCUUUGCUCCAAUUUGCGGUCUCACACAAUCACAAAUGUGCAAUCCAAUAGUGAUAAGGUUUCUUUACUUCUCAAGGAGAGUUUUCUGGGUUCUUUUCCUAAUCGGGACAGGCCCUUCAUGAAGCUUUUCGUGGACACCCAGCUAUUUUCUGUACAUACAGACCUUGUUCUCUCCUUUUAUCAGAAGGAUUAAGCUACCACUAAAGGAUUCAGGUGGCCAAAAAACACCUGAACCAUGGGCUUAUCUCUUGAAGAGUUUUUCAUCAACAGUAAGAGCUCUUCUCUGUACAUAAAAGACCUUGUUAUCUCCUCCAACAGGGAGUAGGCAGCUAAAGAAGCUUCUGGUGCCCAAUAUACAAGAAUAGUGUUACAACGGCAGUCGUCGACGCCACUUAUUUUUGCUUUUCUAAAUUUCUUACUUAUAGAGAGGUACAUUCUCAGUAAAAUUGAAGUAUGCAGAUAGAAAUUUUCGGUUUCCUAUAUUCAUAUCUGACCUGUACAGUAACUUUUUAGUUAAUAUCCUCUGUUCAAUGUUUAUAAAAAUUAAGAAUUUCUUCAUUUGUCUUU